CGGGCAAGAUUGUAAUAUGCCAUCACCGGUUGUGGUUUGGCGAAUUUCAAACUUCCAGUCUUCUCAAGGGGGUUUACCAUUUCGCGGAAGCACGUGGGUCGAGCCGAAGCGUCCCAGACGCACAGUUCUCACGAUGACUAGGCCGUUAGUCAUGGUCCUUCCGUUUCUGGUAUUCCUUCUCCACUUUUCAGAAGAUUCACAUUACCUAGUCUACGGAAGAAAGCUUGUAGCUUUAUAUUGGAACACCUCCAACCCAACCUUCCGGAUAGAUAAUACAGACCACAUUAUUGACGUCAACAAGGGAAAUAUACCUUUUGAAUACGACCAGGUCAACAUUAUUUGUCCAGUCUAUACUUCAGGGACCCGAGAAGAAGAUGUGGAAAGAUAUAUAAUAUAUAAUGUUUCCAAGGAAGAAUACGAUUCCUGUCGGAUCAAUAAUCCCAAUGCCCGAGUUAUAGCCGUCUGUGAUAAGCCACAUCUACAUAUGUACUUCACUAUUACUUUCCGUUCGUUUACCCCUCAACCGGGAGGACUGGAAUUUAAACCUGGUCAAGAUUAUUAUUUUAUAUCAACAUCCGGUGGAGGAAUUGAUCGACUUCACCAGCGCAUGGGUGGACGCUGUGCCACUCAUAACAUGAAGAUUAUCUUCAAAGUCUGUUGCGAUCCUUCUAAACCGAGCACCACCUCCACCAGUUCUACAGUGUCUAGUGUGACCUUGCCUAUCGGUAAGCCCGCGAUUCCUUUCUCUACCACUUCUACAACCACUUCCACCACAGCGUCAACUUCCAUCGAUUCAGACGCCAUCUUUCGGUGGUUCCGCCCAAAUGUCCCCUCAAAACCACCAACCAUCAAAACGUUUGAAGUGCCAACUAAAGGGGACAAGAACAAUUCAAUCCCCAAGAAAAAAGAAGACAAAGAUAAGCUGCCUAAUCAGACACGGACCAAAAUUCAAGAACUGGUCAACAACAGAGCGCCCUACUUUCGUAUGGGCCACGUGACUUCGACUGUGGUAUCGCUAGUAUCGUUGUUCUUAGUAGCCCUUCAAACAAGGUGAACUAAGCAGGUUAAGGACAACCAUACUCUAAAACUUUUCAGUCCUUCGCUGUGUACAGCUGUACCAUAGUGCCCUGUAACAUAGACAUUUUAAAAAUAUGGCUUCGAAAGCGAUGCCAGUAGAUAUCUGGUCAGUGGACAAGUCAAGUCCUUUGAAAGGAGACUGUUUCUAUUAUGCUAAAUAUUAGAGUUAGCAAUGAAUUUACUAGCUGGAUGUACUAUUCUGUCAGCGGAAAAACUUAUUAGGCCUACAGUGAUACAGAAGUACCGAACAAGCUUUAAACAACAGAAUCUAAUAUCAUUGACAGCUUAAUUAAUGGAACCACAGGUUUUCGAUCAAAUCUAUGUUUUUCACAACGUAGGAGUUAUCAGCACAUUUUUAAUGGCUCUACAGUGGUGUAGGAGGAGGAGGGAGAAAGUCAUUGUGUUUCAAACCACAUUGAUAUUUCUAAGCAGAACACACCCACAAAUCAUUGUUCAGGAACAAAAACUGGUUGCCUUGUUCAGUAUCUAUAACGCGGUUCUUCAAAGGGGAUCAAUUGAUCAUGAACAGUCACUUUGAGUGAAUAAGUAGUUAUAUUUCCAUGCUGUAUCACUAGAGUAACUUACAUGACUCAAGGAGCGCAAGUUUGUUGUGUGUCAGAUUCUAUAUAAAUGAAUAUAUACAUUCAAUUCAGUAGCUGUAACUUGAAUCGGCACCAACACUGUAUAGUGUUGGUAACGAUCCAGGUUACAGUACGUUACUGAGUAAAUACCAAAACAAUGUAAUCCAUUGCAUGUUAGCCUUAAUUUGCUCAAUGCCUCCUUCGAUGAUGUAGAAACAAUUUUCGUUAGAUGUGAUAGACACAUCUUUUCAGAGAAGUCGACAACAUAACACGAAACAAUUCAUUAAAGUAGAAUAAUACAAAGGAUCAGCUUAAUUAUCUAGAAUGAUAAAUUAUUUUAUUCAGUAGACUAAAAACAUUUUUGGGCCCUGGUGUUUCAAUUAUUGUUGGUUAAUGAUUGACUUUUAUUUUAUCUUUACAAACUGCUAGUAAUAAGAAUAAAUCAUAAAAUGUAACAAAUUUCAACUUACAGUAAGCCUGUUAAAUUCAAUGUUCACCUUUCUGGAUUACAAGUUAAAAUCCGGUAUGUUAUUUUUUCUUGUACAUUCUGGCCGUUUCGGUCGUCCCUAACUUUAUAUCAAAUGAAACAGUAAAGCUCGUGUUUAUGUUAAUUAACAUUUGAAGAACAAAAGAUCUGUCAAGCAGAAAACUGAUAUUGUUAUGAAGGUUUAUUGUGCCAAAUAGAGUCAUUACUGUCUAGUGCACAGUGCCUUAAAAAGUGUAGCGAGCUUGUUUCAGGCAAUUUCUAGCGUAAUCGAUCAUCGCAAUGUUCUUGAAUAAAACUUUCUGGCAAACAAAAACGGUCUUGAAGAAAUUUUAUCAAACGGGAAUGCCAGCAUAUUUAGUCUGUUUUUGAUAAACAAUUAGCUUCGUUUCUUCUUCUCUAAAAUGUUUUAAAAACAACAACAGUUAGUAAGGAUAAUUUACACAAAACGUUUAUAGUUCGGUCAUUACAUAUGUAGUUGUUUUUGCCGAAGCGCUCGUUUCCUUACAAGUAAUUCGUUAAAAUGAUCUUUGUUUUUGCCGACUUUUUCGCUACUGAAACAUGAAAACUUUGAAAUAUUGUGUAAGUCUUCAGCGAUUUCAUCUGUAUCGGAAAAUACACAUUCAUUGAUAGAUCAGUUUUAUUAAAUGAAAAUAAUUAGAGUAUUUUAUAAAAUAGGAAGCGUAGUUGGUUAAUGGCUACAAGUUAUGAAUAAUUACUACCAAAUGUGUUCCAAUUAGUUGAAAGUAUGUUGUAACAGUAUUCCUGUCGAACCACACUGUUUUUACAUAAAAUCUUUUACUUUCUUACAAAGUAAAUGUGCAAAAUAUAAUUGAGUAAAUACGUAGGUUAACUGUAUGAUACUAAAACUUGAAGCAAUUUUAUUUGAGUGUUGGAAAUUAAUCACUGAUACACAUGUGAUUUAGAUUGAUUGAAAAUAAAAUUAAAUAAUUAUGGAUCUAUAUAGCUUUUUGUUAGAGACUGCUAUAGAAAUUAAAGUGAUAACGUAGUAGAGAUAUUUAUGAUAUAAGGUAAUAGCCAGAAGUUUGAACAUACGCUACCAAGAUUUAACAACUAACAUGUAAAGGAGUAUAAAUACAAUGUGCUGUAAUGAUUUAUAGUUAUUCAAUAUAUCACGAAGCUUAAACUGAUGUUUUAACACUUUUUUUUUACUUGUUUAUAUUUAAGUUAUUAUAAAGUCAACAUUCCGAUUCUGGAAUCAUAACAGUUGAGCGUAAUAUAUUAACUUCGCGAUUGAGUGUAAUAUGUUACAUUCGACUUAGCCUAUUCGUAUUUAGUUGGACGAAUAUGUAAUUACAGGAUCAUUUAUUACUUCAAGCCUCAGUUAAGUAGUGCGAACGUUGUUCUGACUUUUUAAUCUUUGAUAGAAAAGGUUUACUUUCUGUGGAUGUGAUUCACGAUUAAGGAAGCAAAGAAUAAGAAUAAUGGUCUGGCACACCUUUGAUGUAUUUUAUUUGUCACUGAUAACAUCAAAACAACCCUGAUGUAGUUACUUCUCGAUGUGCAUGGGACCAUUGACAUCACCUACAUUCACACAAAGAACGUGGUAAAUAACAAUAAAACGGUUUAUUCUCUUCUUUAAUUCCUUUCUGCUACAUUUCUUUUCAAUUGAAAGAAUAUAUUACGUCUUACCAUUAAGUCGAUCAUAUUAGAAAAAUUUCAACUAUUUUUUUUUAUUUACUCUUAUGAUGGGUCAAGUAUUUUGGAAACAUUAUUUUCGGCUUUUCGUAAUUAUCAGAAGCAUUUUUUUUAAUCAGCAUCAUGUUGAGUAGGUGAAUUGAUCGUGCCCCAAAAAUAAAUAAAUAAAAAGAAUUACAAAUAUAUUAUUCUCUGUAAAAUGUUAGAUACGUUUAUUCGAAAACUAUGUUGACGUAGGAAAAACCAAAAUAAAAUCACUUUUUUUUAACACUGUAUUACGUAUUGUUGUGGGAGAGGUUCUAACAUUACCAAGAAUGUUCAGUUCAGCCUAAUUAAAUGUGUUAAAGUACGUUUGUUAAUUUUCAACGUCAGCUUGGAAAAAUAAAAUUAAAAUAUGCUUGUAGUUUGUAAAAAUGUGAAAGUGUAUAGUUGUUUUGUAUAUUUAACUGUAGACGUUUAUUUUGUAGCUUUUGAAGUGUGUAAAGCUAUUAGGUGUUGAUAAAUAAGGAUCACUGCUGCUAUUAUACACGUACUUCGCGAUGGUUUAUGGAAAUAUAACCAGAAAUUUAAUGGAUAUUUUGGAGGGAUUUCAAAAGCUGUGUUGUAAUACAUUUGUGGAAAUAAUCUAUUUAUUACUUGAAUCCGAAAAUGUAUGUGUUCUACAGAAGUGGCACAGCUGUAUAGUUAAGAGUAAAGAUAGAAGUUGUGUUCUACAGAAGUGGCACAGCUGUAUAGUUAAGAGUAAAGAUAGGAGUUGUGUUCUACAGAAGUGGCACAGCUGUAUAGUUAAGAGUAAAGAUAGGAGUUGUGUUCUACAGAAGUGGCACAGCUGUAUAGUUAAGAGUAAAGAUAGGAGUGUUUCCUGAAAUACUUUUCAUUUUAUUUUUAUAUUUCCAACACAGUGGUUUAUUUUUUCAGUUGUUCUCAAAAUCCAGACAAAGCAGUUUAUUUUUUGUUUUCUAUAAAGGUUGCGUGAUUCUUAUGAUAUAACGUUUGUACAGUUUUCUAUCAUAAUUUUUAUUUUUUUUGUAACUAAUUAGUAUAACUCCGUAUUUUCUUCCACUAAAUUGAAAUAAGUGCUACAAAACGCAUGGCAAGUAUCCUCUUUGUUUUCCAAACGUAACGGUGUUUUCUACGACAGUUAAGACAGGUAAUUCCUCCUCGGACGAGAUAUGUGAAGGUGGUAUUUUCAUUAACCUCGGCCAUUAAAUAAUGUUUUGACAUAGCUAAAUUGUUUCAUCUAGCUUCUCGUUUGUCUCAACUGGUGUUAGUUCAGUUCUGUUAAACUAUGGGUUUUGUACGUCUUUGAUAGCAUCAAAUAAAGCGUAAUAUUUAGCGCAAA